UUUUUUUUUUUAAAAUAAAGGGAUUGAUCUAAAGAGAUGGUGAGAGGGAAAACACAGAUGAGGCGUAUAGAGAACACGACAAGUAGACAAGUUACUUUCUCAAAGCGAAGAAAUGGUUUGCUCAAAAAAGCUUUUGAGCUUUCUGUUCUAUGUGAUGCUGAAGUUGGAUUGAUUAUUUUUUCUCCAAGAGGAAAACUAUAUGAAUUUGCUAGCUCCAGCGUACCGGAGGUAAUUGAACGCUAUAAGAGGCAUACUAAAGAUAAAGUUCAACCUGAUGUAAAUCAAUCUGUGGAUAUUCAGAAUACUAAGCAAGAGACAGCAAGUUUGAUGAAGAAGAUAGAGCUACUUGAAUCAUCUAAAAGGAAACUCUUGGGAGAAGGUUUAGGAUCAUGCAGCCUUGAAGAAGUACAACAAAUAGAGAAGCAAUUGGAGCAGAGUGUCACUACUAUCAGGGCUCGAAAGAUGCAAGUCUUUAGGGAACAAAUGGAAAGAUUGAAAGAAAGGGAGAGAGCCCUUACAGCUGAAAAUAUGAUGCUGAGGGAACUAAAGUUUGGAGGGGAUGGAGAGAGAGGAAAAUCAAGUGGAGAGAAAGAAAGAGAAGUAGUAAUUUGUAUAGAAGGUGGUAGCGAUAAAUCAGAUGUGGAGACUGAAUUGUUUAUCGGACAACCUCAUCAUCAUGACUCCAGAAUAAGGCGUCCUGAGUGGUCUUGAGUGGUCCGAUAAAGGACCACUCAAGACCGCAGAAUUGCUCUCAUGUGCCCUUAUUUUGUACUUCAAUUUAAAAUGUGUAAAUUUUGACUAAUUAUCAAGUAUAAACUAACUAGUAUUCUCAUCUGCUUAAUUAUUUUGGAGAUGUAUGAGUGGGCUUAAUCUCUCUCUUAAUUAAGAUGGAGUUUAACUUUAAUCCCCUCUUCUGAGAUGCAAUUUGUACUUAUUGAAAUGAUGUAGUAUUACAUUUACUUUCACUUUAA